AUGCCCAUUGCCGCCGCCCAGAGACAGUGCAAUGUCGCGGACGUGCUGCCGGCCCAGCAACAACAAUCCUCCUCCACCCCCUCCGCGCCCAUGACCCUCGCUCCCUCGCCCUCCACACUCCCUCCCGCGCCGACGCCCUCGGCCAAAGACGUCAUCCGCUCGCAGUUCGACCUCGAGAUCCUCCUCAAGCACCGCGAGCUCGCGGUCAUCGAGGACGAGAUCGCAAAGGUGCACAUCAUGAUGCUCCAGCUGCGGCGCUGCGCCGGAAAGAUGCUCGCCAACGACGACCCCGACGACUUUGCCAAACACUACGCCCAGUACCUCCUUCCUGACCGCCGCUACUCCGCGCCCGCAGACCCCUCGGCCGCAGACGCGGACAGGAGUUCCUCCACUGCCUCCUCCGCGGCUGACGCGCCCAGAUCGGCGUCGCUGCUCUCGUCGCGGAUCCACCUCCCGCAGUACCACUCCACCACCGUCGGCGGCAACCCGCCACCCACGGGCUGCAUCUACCGUCGGCAGGACGGCAUUCUCGUGCGUCUGGUGUGCUCGGACUGCUCGCGCGUGUCGUUCGGCUCCGCGCAGGGCUUCAUCAACCACUGCCGCAUCUCGCACUCGCGGGAGUUUUCGUCGCACGAUAACGCGGCGCAGAUGUGUGGAGUCGAGCUCGAUGAGGAAGAUCAGGAUGAUAUCGGAUUAGGUGCUUUCAGACACCGGCGGCACAUGCAGCUCAGCGCCGGCGCGGUUUCGUCCUCGCCAUUCUCCGCAAUGGCUGCCGUCAACAACAGCAGCAGCAACAGCCGAUCGUCAGUAGCAGGCAAGACAAUCCCUGGAUCCGUGCCUCCUUCGACACCAGCGCCAAUCACCGAACCCGUGCUUGAUCCGUCGACGACCUGCCAAAGCCGGACCUACGACGCCAAAAGCUUCCCGUGGGCGAAAGCAAGCACGGCAACGGCUGCAACCUCCACGCCGACGGCGUCGACGCCUGCGAGCGCAAAGGACGGGAGCGACUCUAGCUUCCUUAGUCACCCGAUCACGCCUCCGAAUGAGGAGGUUGGGCUCGAGCAGAUCCCACGGCAUGUGCCAUCUGUGGAUAUGUCGGCAGUGGGCGUGACAGAGAAGAGCGAGAACAACAAAAUGACGACAGCGGCAGCUGUACAGAGUGCACCGGCACCACAGUCACAGCCACAGCCACAGCAAACGGCGACGCCGAACGCAUCACCGGAGAUUCCAGCGCCAGCGACACGCCAUUUAUCGCGACUGCUGAAGCGGAAACAAGUGGAGAUCCAAGACCUGGACGACAUGGUGCGGGAGUCUGUUAAGCGGGACCCGCGGGGCCACUUGUUUGCGGGUGAAUCGGAUGCGUCGGACGUGGACGAGAUCGAGGACGUGCUGGUGCGUAAAAAGGAGGAGAUGAAGCUACCUUCGGUAGCCAAGUUCAAAAAGAUGAUGCAGGAGUCGAUGAAGGAUAGCAGUCAGCAGGGCAACGGGCAGCAGACGCGGGACCGGCCUGUGGGUAGCGGGAUCCGGAUUCUUGCAAACUUCAAUUGA